AUGGAUGCCCGACCACCUCUACCACCACCAAACGGACCAGUCCCGCCUGUGCGAAGACAAGCUUCCGUGGCUCUUUGCCAUGAGCUAGAGAGACUUCCUUCUUCCCCUUCGGAUUAUUCGCCCCAGACAGGGAAUGCUGAUUCCCCACCGUCUACUCCCCCGGCUACUCCUGGCCUGAGACGACGGUUGACUAGACGUAUACAGUACACUCCAGCCAAGUAUAAGGAUGAUGAUGAAUACAUUGGCUUUGCUACGCUACCUGAGCAGGUCCACAGGAAGGCGGUGAGGAGAGGAUUUGAUUUUACACUGAUGGUUGUAGGUGAAUCUGGACUGGGGAAAUCAACCCUGGUCAACAGCCUGUUUCUCUCAGAUCUCUACAAUGACAGGGAACUGCCCAGUGUGAAAGAUCAAAUUGAAAGAACAGUUAACAUAGAGAAGAAACAACUGGAAAUCGAAGAAAAGGGAGUCCGCCUGAAGCUAACAAUUGUGGACACCCCCGGAUUCAACGAUGCUAUUAAUGGCGAGAACAGCCACAAAACCCUGCUGGACUAUGUCGAUGAGCAGUUCAAACGUUACCUUGAUGACGAGUCUGGCUUAAACAGGAGAAACAUUAUAGACAACAGAGUUCACUGCUGCCUCUACUUCAUUUCACCCUAUGGACAUGGGUUGCGUCAAAUUGAUGUCCAGACAAUGAAGAAGUUGCACAAUAAAGUGAACAUAGUCCCCCUUAUAGCCAAAGCCGAUAUCCUGACUGCCCAGGAACUUAGGAGAAUGAAGAACAGGAUACUCCAAGAAAUUGACGAGUAUGGGAUUCACAUCUACGAGUUUCCAGACUGCGACAGUGAUGAGGAUGAGGAUUUCAAACAGCAGGACAAAGAAUUGAAGGCUUCCAUUCCAUUUGCGGUGGUUGGCUGCAACACAGUGGUGGAGGCUGGAGGGAAGAAAAUCAGAGGCCGAGCUUACCCUUGGGGUAUAGUUGAAGUGGAUAAUCCAAACCAUUGUGAUUUUGUGAGGCUGCGACAAAUGCUCAUCAGCACUCACAUGCAAGAUCUUAAAGAUGUAACAUCAGAUGUUCACUACGAGAACUACAGGGCAAUGCACAUCAGAACACAGAUGACCUCAGCACAAAAGGAAAGAGGAAAGCUGAAACGGGAAAGUGUGUCAAACUACGAGGCUGUGGGAGACACAGAGAGGCUUCUGGAACAGAAAGAUGCUGAGAUAUUGCGGAUGCAGCAGAUGCUGGCAAAAAUGCAAGAACAACUACAAGCAAACAACACACCACAUCAGAAUGUCAAUGGAUUGGGAAAAUUGUGA